AUGUCUUCAGAAAAACCGGCAAUACUAGCCUGGGAGACAGCGGACACAGACAGAGAAGUGGGCAUUCCACAGAAAUAUGUAGAACUUUUGAGGCAACAUUUUGAUGUUGUAUGGGAGAAGGAUGUGAAAGCUAACUACAACCUGGGUAGCAAGGUGGUCGGUGCUAUCGUGACAGCAGACCGGCCCAUACCUAUCAUGUUUGACCAUCCUAAGCUGUUCCCCAAUCUUCGUGUCGUGGUCACACUCUCCGCCGGUCUCGACCACCUGGACUUAAGCUCUCUCAGGGCAAGGGGCAUUAGGCUUGCAGCGACUGCGUCAUUCGCCAAUGCCGUGGCCGAAAUUACCCUCACUCUACUCCUCUCGCUCACCCGAGAUAUUGGGAAAAUAACGAAGACAAUCUACGAGCCAUCCCUAAGACAAAGCCGACUAGCCUGGGACAGUCCCGGUAUCAGUGACUCCACCGUUGGACUGGUCGGCUUUGGAAGAAUUGGUGUUCGUACUGCGCAACUGCUGCGACCACAUGAUUGUAGGAUAUGCUACUUUGAUCCCCACGUCAGAAGAUCUCACGAGGAAGACCGUGAGAUGGGUGUCACACGGUACAGGGACCUCUGUGAAAUGCUACGAGACUCUGACGCGGUUAUUGUGGCAUGUACUCUGACACCAGACACAAUUGGACUGAUCGGAGAAACAGAGUUCGCGGCAAUGAAACCAUCAGCAACAUUCAUCAAUGUAGCUAGAGGUAAAUUGGUGGACACCUACGCCCUGACCCGGGCUCUGCAGUCUGGAGGGCUAAGAUCAGCAGGACUGGACGUGGUACAUCCGGACUGGCUACCUACUGAUCACCCACUACUGACCAUGGACAAUGUUCUAUUGGUUCCACACUGUGCGGCAGCCACAUUACCCGCCCUGGAUUUCGCCUUCAAGUCGCUUAUCAGUAACCUUCUGACUGGCCUGAGCGGAGAAGUCAUGCCGAAGGAAGUGGACCUAGAACAUUACUAAACAUCCUAUACUUCACUGCGAACGGGAACAUCCAUUCAAAUAACAAGAUAUACCUCACCGCGAAUAAGAACCUCCCCUUAGACAAAAAGACACCAUUUAACAAAGAAGGUAUACCACACCGCGAAUAAGAACCUUCUCUCAGACAACAAGACACCAUCUAACAAAAAAAAUAUACCUCACUGAGAACAAGAUCUUCAAUAUAUCUCUCGACAAAGAAGUCACCUUUCUGCCAACAUGAUCCUCCAUCCAAACAACAAAAUACCACCAACAAACAGGAUACCUUCAUAUGAACAAGCUCUUUCAUCCAAACAAAAAAUAUUACCAACAAACAAGACACCUUCAUAACAAGUAUAGAAACGAUCCAAAACAAAAUAGCCAUAACAAAACAGAUACAUUCCACACCCAGAAAGAUCUGCAGCAAACAAUAUCACAGUUUGAAACAUGUCUCAUCGUUUAAUAAGAAAGACAAUACAGCAAGGACGUCAUUAGAUACGCUACUGAAAACUCUCUAAAAAUACCUUCGCUAAUUUUUUAAAACAUAAUGUAAUAUACUUGAAUAUUUGUGAUCACAGCAGUAGUACACUUGUAAUGGGAACGACCUUUCUGUCCAGAUGAUUGGUUAUCCACUGGCUAUUGUUUGUUGUAUUUACAUGAACAUAUAUUUGUGGUUUAGAUCAGCCACAUGGCUUUUACAGUACCUAUAAGCAGUAAGCCACUGCUGACUUUCCUUUAAUCUCACAAGCCAUAUAAUUACCCACUAUAUAAUCAUAAUAUAUGCAAUAAACGUCAAGUUAGUUUUGGCAUCCAGCACGUCGAUGAAAUAGCUUGGUCUCUAAGGGGUGCCUCCGUAUAUACAUGUAUAGUAAGACAUCACUGUGUAACACGAAGGGUUAUUUUCACAUCUGUUUAUAAGUAUGCUUAUGUACCAUAGUGCAGUCUGUUCUCUGAAAUGCUGACCAUUAAUGAGUAGAAAUGGUUGCCUACACUGUUAGGGAGACAUUGUUGGAGGCUAUCGAUCAGUGAUAAGUGAUUAGUAACUGUCUGGCGGCCAUUUUAGCGAUCACUUUUAUAGGUCUAUACAUGAAUAUAUUAUGUAGUAUAUAAUAGUCCCAGCUUAUAAACGUUUCAAAACUUCCCCGACCGUUUAGUUGGCCUAAUGAUUAGAGCGUCCGCCUCGAAGUCGGGAGACCCGGGAUCAAAGCACGGGCCGGGUCAUAGCAAAGACUUUAAAAAUGGUACUUUCUGCUGCAUCGCUUGGCUUGAUUAUGAUGGGGUGUUAUAUCUAGUGGCUUCGGCAUGAUACCUCAGUGGCGGCAGGCAUGGGCUCACCCUGCCACAAGAAAACACAGUAUAUGUACACAAUUCUAAUGACUCAUUGUCAUCAUAUGACUGAAAAAUUGUUAAGUGCGACGUUAAAACCCAACCAUUAACUCCUUCAUUCAUUCAUUCAAUAUCUUCCCACAAUAAUAUGUAGAUAAUUAACUACUAUAAACAGUGAUCAUCUAGUAUAUUACGAACAACCCUGAUAAGUUUCUUCCGCUGUCACAUGACAUCGUUUAAAUUGGCACAAAAGUAUAGGUAAUGUCUUUUGUAGCCUAGUUUGUGGCGUGCCUUAUCGGUCAUAUUUCAUUUUACCUUCCUUAAUUCUUAUCUCUGUAACGACGACACAGGAAGAAAUGAAAAGGAACAGAGGAAGAUACUUAGCUAAAAACUAAAAUCUUAAUUUUUUCUAUUUUGAGUUUCUCCUUUCUGUUUCCAAAUAUUAUCACUUUUUAAUGACGAUAAGCCAAUAUGUAGAGCCGAUAAAAAAAAUACGUGCUUCUGAUUGGUUAAUAUUGGUGACUUAUCAAUAUUCGGGUCGUGGUAUAUUAUGAUAAUCCUGAAUUAGUUUUUAUUCAUUUUCUGCAACUCUGAAGGCUGGAGAAGUCAACUCUGACAUUGUCUAAAUGAAGCCACUUUCAUGCGACCGUCCCAUCAUUAUGACCAGCAUCACUUUUCGGCCGUAUUGAAUUUUACGUUUUCUUUCCUGUCUCUGUUAUCUAUGGGGAAGACAAAUAUGAAGGAACGCCUGGAUUGUGUACAUGUAUUUUAGACUGGGUACAUUGCUUCACCUUCGAGGACACAUUCUGUACGUUCCGUUUUCAACAGCUUUGUCAUCAUAGCGCUAAUGUGGCAUGGUGUGAAGACCCAAGGUUUUGCUAUGUACCGUGUAUAUGGGUCUCAUGGUUUCUAGGUUACAAGCUACUGUCAUGCAUAAACCUGUAGCCCCUAAUUUAGUACAAGCUGACUUUCCUGUCGGUCAUGUUCCCAUGCAGACCAUGUGUCGCCCUAUGUGUUGUUUAAAUAACAUGGUUAAAUACGGCAUUAAGAACCAAUCAAACACGCAAAUAAUUGAAUCACACAGAGCAAUACAGUUAUACGAGGGUGAAUACAAGUAAAUUAAUUAAAAAAUCUAUGCCAUGUGUAAUUUAUAUGUUGAAAAAUUUGGUUUACCAACUUUGCCGUUUUCCUCCCGUGCCAGCUAUUUCUGUAUGAUCGAUGACGUUACAAGAAAACAGCAUUUGCUCACCAAGUGUAAGGGGCUGGUAGCUAGCUGUUAAAAUAUACCUUCAUGUAUUUUGAUUUGAGGCUGAACACAGAUCGCUAAUGGCGCACGUGACAGCUAUAUUCAUCAAGAUUUGUUCAAUAAAGUGUG